AUGCCUGCAACACCGAAGUUUGAAAUUCCCGAUGUGGAUACAAACCCCUUUAAGAUGGCUGCUGUCGGUAAUCUUCAACUGCUGAAAACCCUUGUGGAACCGCAAGAGAACGCUGAUGGUAAGACACCUGCUCCACUGAACUUGAAUGCGAAGGAUCCCUAUGGAUGCACGCCGCUAGUUUGGGCUGCUCGGAACGGGUACCUCGAAGUUGUGGACUACCUGGCAGAGCAUGGUGCCGACCUUGAAGUCACCAGCUUUGGCGAUCUUCGCCCUUUGCAUCAUGCUGUUAACCACUCGCGGUUGCCAAUCGUCGAACGUCUGAUCCAGCUCGGCGUCACUAUCGAGCCGAAGGACGAUGCUGGCAAUACACCGCUCCACUUCGCUGCCGCUCGUGGUAUCCUGAACCCGGUUUUGUUACUUCUGAACGCUGGCGCUAAGGUGAAUGUCACUACGGCACAAGAAGUUUCUCCUCUCAUGAAGGCCGUGUCGGCCGGUCAUAUUUCCGUCGUCGAGAAGCUUCUGGACAACGAGGCGAACCCCAACCACGCCAACGUCGAAGGCAACACGGCACUCCACCUCGCAGCUCGAGGAGGUUUUAACUCAAUCGUAAAAGUGCUACUGGAUGCAGGUGCCACCCCAACGCUGCGCAACAAAGCUGGCAAGAUGCCCGCAGAGCUCGCGUCAUCCCCCAGCAUCGUCAAGAUGCUGGUAUAGCUAAAAGAAAAAAAAAAGAUGAAUUGAUAUCAAAGAACAA